GGAAGAGAGCUGCCAGUUUCUGGUUUUCGCCGGAAGCUUCGAGAAGGCGGACGCCAGAACGCUCACUCUCUCUCUCACCACCUUAAGGACGGCGGCCCUUCUGAGACGAUGAUCGCAUCGUUUUCUUCUGCAUCUUCUCUUUGUUUGCUCGUCGUCAAUCGUCAUUCCCUUUCUCCUGUAACGCGCUCUUCUGAAACCCUAGCUUUCUCUUGAACUCCCCGGGAGUGAGAGGAAUUCCCAUGGCGGAAGAGGCCAAGGCCAAGGGAAACGCGGCGUUCUCCGCCGGGCGGUUCGAAGAGGCCGCCCGGCAUUUCUCCGACGCGAUCGCCCUGGCUCCGUCGAACCACGUUCUCUACUCGAACCGCUCCGCCGCCUACGCCUCCCUCCAUAAGUAUUCCGACGCGCUUGCCGAUGCGAAGAAGACUGUGGAGCUCAAACCCGACUGGUCCAAGGGCUACAGCCGGCUCGGCGCCGCGCACGUCGGCCUCGGCAACCUGGAUGAGGCCGUCGCUGCGUACAAGAAGGGGCUUGAACUCGAUCCCUCGAAUGAAGGCCUGAAAUCGGGGCUCGCAGAUGCGGAAUCGGCGCUCGCGAGCCGGAGGCGGAGCUCCGGCUCCAGAGGCGGGGCGGGAGCGUCGCCAUUUGGUAACAUCUUCCAGGGACCGGAGUUGUGGGCCAAACUCACUGCUGACCCCACGACAAGGGCAUACCUCCAGCAGCCGGACUUUAUCAAGAUGAUUCAGGACGUGCAGAAGAACCCGAACAACCUCAGCAUGUAUCUGCAGGAUCCGCGGAUGAUGCAGGUUGUGGGUUUGUUGCUCAACGUGAAUUUGAAGACGGCGACGCGGGAGGACAUGGAGCGAGACGUGCCGCCGAUGGCCGCCUCUCACGAGGCGAAGGAGGAGCCGCUGCCGAAGAAGGAUCCGGCGCCAGAGCCCGCACCAGAGCCGGAGCCCAUGGAUGUGAGCGAGGAGGGAAAGGAGUUGAAGGAGAGGAAGGCGGAGGCUCAGAGGGAGAAAGAGAAGGGUAAUGCAGCCUACAAGAAGAAGGAAUUCGAGGAGGCUAUCGAGCAUUACACGAGGGCAAUGGAACUAGAUGACCAGGACAUUUCCUAUCUGACCAACAGAGCAGCAGUUUACAUGGAGAUGGGGAAGUACGAAGAUUGCAUUAAAGAUUGUGACAAGGCUGUGGAGAGAGGACGAGAGCUUCAUUCAGACUUCAAGAUGAUCUCAAGGGCUUUGACUCGCAAAGGAUCUGCCUUGGUGAAGCUGGCAAAAUGUUCAAAAGAUUAUGAGCCAGCUAUUGAAACAUUCCAGAAAGCAUUAACUGAAUAUAGGAACCCAGACACCUUGAAGAAGCUUAAUGAUGCUGAGAAGGCAAAGAAGGAUUUAGAGCAACAAGAAUACUUUGAUCCCAAACUAGCAGACGAAGAACGUGAGAAAGGCAAUGAAUAUUUUAAGCAACAGAAGUAUCCUGAAGCCGUGAAGCAUUACACAGAAGCCAUUAGAAGGAAUCCUCGUGACGCAAAGGUCUACAGUAAUAGAGCUGCCUGCUACACUAAGCUGGGAGCGUUGCCCGAGGGAUUGAAGGAUGCUGAGAAGUGUAUCGAACUUGAUCCUGCAUUCCCGAAGGGGUACUCGAGGAAGGGUGCGAUACAGUUCUUGAUGAAGGAAUACGACAAGGCGUUGGAGACAUACCAAGAGGGGUUGAAACACGACGAGAACAACCAAGAGUUGAUGGAUGGUGUUCGGAGGUGUAUUGAGCAGAUUAACAAGACCAACAGAGGUGAGGUAAGCCCCGAGGAGCUAAAGGAGAGACAGGCAAAGGCAAUGCAGGAUCCUGAGAUACAAAAUAUCCUGUCAGAUCCUAUUAUGAGACAGGUACUAAUUGAUUUCCAGGAGAACCCAAGGGCCGCACAAGAGCAUCUAAAGAAUCCCCAGGUGAUGCACAAGAUACAGAAGCUUGUAAGCGCAGGCAUAAUUCAGGUCAGGUAAACAGCCUGGCAUCGCGUGAACGGGUUUCAUUGAAGCGAGCAUCAAGUGCGAAUUAUCGCUCUUUUCUCAGUCAUCCCGGCCAAUUGGACAUGGAGACUAUAAUUUUUUUGACAGCAAUAUAAAUGUCCUUCGUUCUUUGGAUGCA